CUGUCUGAAACAAACUUUUCUCACUCAGAUCAAGUAUAAGAAUGGUGGACUUUGAAACAGUUAAAACUAUUCUGGUUCCCGCCUUGGCAAUUAGCAUAGCAUUCUUUCAACAGAAGCUUUUAAGUUCAGUUGAACUGUGAAACCCCAAGAUGCACUUCCCACAACCCAGAUACCCUUAGUGAUUGAGGAUCAACAGGUUUAUGGGAUCAGAUUCCGAAUUAGGGGUUUCAGCUGGUUUUGACACAAUGCUAUUAUUGCUAUGGUGACUUAAAAGGUUGUUAUCAUCAGUGAGGAUGUGGCUGUGUAGCUCUGUUGAAGUUAGAUUUUGCACCUGAUAUUGAACAAACUGUUCGAAGAGAUGCUAAUACUAUGGAUAACAAGUCGAGAUUCAUGUCAGUUGUUUGGGGUCGGUUAGUGCAGGUUCUGAGACCUUUUCUAUUAUCAAUCUAUCCUGAUACUGAAAAGCUUCUAUUGCUCUUGAACAGCAGUAUGCUGUGAAAUCAAGCGAUCACAUGAUUCAACUACGUACCAAACUGUUCUACAGCACUGACAUUACAGGAAAAAAUUGUUGCUUUUUGUAUUGCAGGGAAAAGUCUACACCCAUGAUAAUGAUCCAAUUGUCGCUUGUUUUGAAGGACUUGAAAGUGCUUUUACUGGAUAAGGUUUAUGUCGUAAAUGUUUUAGGUUACAUAGCAUACAAUGCAGUGAUUGGAGCAUACUCUUACUGGGGGCCAAAAGCUGGCUAUAAUAUUUAUAAUAUGAGCAAUGCUGACCUUGUGUUUGGAGGGAUUACUGUUGUCUGUGGAAUUUUCGGAACACUAGCUGGAGGUUUCAUACUUGACCAUAUGACUGCUACAAUCUCAAAUGCUUUCAAGCUUCUUUCUGGGGCGACACUUUUAGGUGCAAUCUUUUGCUUCUCCGCCUUCUGUUUUAGAAGCCUGUCCGGUUUCAUACCUGUUUUUGUGGUGGGUGAGCUAUUGAUUUUUGCAACUCAGGCUCCAGUAAAUUAUGUGUGCCUCCAUUGUGUCAAACCUAGUAUGAGACCAAUAUCGAUGGCUGUAUCUACUGUCUCCAUCCAUAUCUUUGGCGAUGUGCCUUCCUCACCACUUGUUGGCGUCCUCCAGGACUCUAUCAACAACUGGAGAGUAACCACACUCAUUUUAACCUCCAUUCUGUUUCUCUCAUCUGCAAUAUGGUUCAUCGGUGUGUUUCUGAAAAGCAAUGACAAGUUCAACGAAGAUGGUGAAGAAAACGAAGUGUCUACAGGUCCCAAGGCUGCGUCGUUGGAGCCGUUGCUCGAAGAAACAAGGAACGACAUCCCAAAUAACUUCUGAUGCAUGUAUAUAUAAAUCUAGCUAUGUAUAAUGCACAUCUUAUUUUCCAGAUUACACACUCAGCUUAGGCAACAAACAUACGGCGACUUCUUGGAUGCUGUGUACUCUGAAGUUCUUCUAUUUGUAUAUAGUCCGCACGCCUUCAAUUUCCAUACUCUUUCCUUGAUUCAAAUACUGUCACAUGUGCUGGCAGUCACCUUCUCUUCCAUUACAAUCACACAACCAUGGAGAAGCUUCAGUUCAUUUGUCUCUUGCAGCUAAGGGUGGAAAUUGGUACGGUAUGUCGGUAUCCCAAUACCAAAUUCCGAAUACCGAAUUACAGCCUAAAAUCAAUCUGGUUUGCUUGGUCACAUGUCCCCGUCUCUUUCGAGAUAGAUAGAGAGGAUGGGAGGUUUUGAGCUCCAUCAAGUACAUGGCAUUCACUGUGAUCACUCAGUUUUGCUUUGCUGCUGCUGGUAAUUGGCUAACAGUGUUUCCUUCACUCGUGGGGAGUCUUCUUUUUGCUUCCUUUCUUUUGGAUUCCCUCUUGUUUCUGGCAAAUUGCACAGUUGACAGCUUGAUGAGAAAUGCCGUGGUUGCUGCUUCCAAUCACUUUCCUAUCAUGAGCUCAACUUCCCAUUUCGUGGUCCUAAUAUCAAAUAUCCUUCUCUGCUGAUAAUUUUAUUUUAGGUAAUAUAUAAAAGUAUAAUUUUGUCCCCUCUGAACCUAGUCGUGUUGUGCGCUACUUUAUUUUGGGGACUCAAAAUAAGAAAUUAUUGUGCGCAAAUAUUGUAUUUUCUGUUUGUGUAUAUAUUGUGCGGAAUAUCUGUUUUAUAAUUAGUCUCUGAACCUUGCGGAUCCUGCUUAUGGAUACGUAUGUCCAUCUCUUGAUGUGUUGUGAACUUUUUUUUAAUUAAAAAUGCAAUAACUCUUGACCUUGCGCUAUAUAUUAUAUUUUAUAUGCUACAAUACCUUGAAAAAUAAAAUAUGCUCAACUCAAUUGAGUAUUGGUAUUUUCCACGCUUAACCUUACGCUUAGGCACGCCUAGACACAAGGCAAUGUCAAAACGCUUCGCUUAGGGAUUUCGCGCCUAAAUAGAUACCGAAACACGUCAAUGGAGUAAGGAUACAUAUAAGUCUCUCGUAAACAUUACUAGAUGGGGCUAGAAAGUAAAUAAUAAAGGAGAUAAUCAACAUCAACUACGAAAUCAAUUUUCUAUAUCAAUAUUUUCAAUAGCUCAAGAACUUUGUGAACUAUUGAGUUAUGAUUCUUUGAAUUCGUGAGAUAUGUUCUUGUCAUUAAGUGUUGAGUAAGUUAUUGAUAAUUUUAAUUGAUGUAAGAAAAUGUUGUAGAUUAGUUUACAACAUUUUUUUGCCAUUGUGGUAAAGGUUUGUUUUUGUUUUUGUUUUGUGGUAAGGUGGUAAAGGUUAGUUUAUGCAAAGUGCUAAGCUGACAAAGUGAUAAUCGUUCUGUAACACAAUUUACUCCGCUUUAUAAGGUUAUGGUAUAGUAUUGGUAUCGGUUUCAUACCGACUACUUUCUACAGUGACUCUGAAAAAUGAAGUAAUUAUUACCAAAUUAAUGAUAAACCGACAAGAACCAGUCUGAUAUUCGGUUGAACCAAAACUACGGGAUGCGCCAGUCAGAUACUUGGUUAACCGAGUUCACAUCUCCCAUAUUCACUUAAGUUUGCGGUUUAUUUGUUAUAAUUAUAACUAGCUUAUAACUCGAUCCGUUAGCCGGAAUGUUGAUAUUUAAUUUUUUUUAAUAUUUUUUUUAUGUUACGUUAAAGUCUAUCAACCUGUUUAAUUUUAUUGACAAUGUUUCGAUCGAGAUGAUACAUAAAGAAAAAAUAUAUAGGUCGAACAUUCAGAGAAAUAUCAUCAUCAUUUGAAAAUAUAAAAUAUAAAAAUGUAUCAUUGAUCCCAUUUUCAUAAUGAUAAUUAAGCCCAGUUAAAAUGUUAUUAGUUAGUUGAUUAUUAAGAAAGAUAGAGUAUAAAAAUUCACUGAAAUU